CCCGCCACAAAAGCGAUCAUGUCUAUCGACUUUCCAAAGGAGGAGGAGAACAUCCUCAAGCAUUGGAAAGAGAUCCAGGCCUUCGAGACACAGGUUAAACUUUCCGAAGGUCGAGAACGCUAUUCAUUUUAUGAUGGCCCGCCGUUUGCUACCGGACUCCCCCACUACGGCCAUCUUUUGGCGUCCACUAUCAAAGACAUUAUCCCUCGAUACUGGUCUAUGAAGGGCUUUCACGUUGAGAGGCGCUUUGGAUGGGACACCCAUGGCUUACCAAUCGAACACGAGAUUGACAAGAAGCUGGGCAUCUCUGGGAAGGAUGCAGUUAUGAAACUUGGCCUAGCGAAAUAUAACGAGGAGUGCCGGGCAAUUGUCAUGAGAUUCUCGACUGAAUGGCGAACAACUAUAGAUAGACUCGGCCGAUGGGUUGACUUCGACAAUGACUACAAGACGAUGGAUCCGACAUUCAUGGAGUCAGAGUGGUGGGUUUUUAAACAGAUAUUUGACAAGGGUGCUGUUUAUCAAGGCUACAGAGUUAUGCCAUAUUCGACCGUGCUUACGACAGCACUCAGCAACUUUGAAGCAAAUCAGAAUUACCAGGAUGUCACAGAUCCAGCAGUCGUCGUGACAUUCCCCUUGUUGGAAGAUCCUUCCACUUGUUUACUCGCAUGGACAACGACACCAUGGACAUUGCCUUCGCACACCGGCUUGGCUGCUCAUCCAGAUUUCGAAUACAUCAAGAUCUUCGACGAGGCAUCAGGAAAGAAUUAUAUCCUCUUGGAAAAGCUGCUUGGUACUCUGUAUAAAGAUCCCAAGAAGGCAAAGUAUAAGAUUAUCGAGAGGAUCAAGGGUAGUGACAUGCUUGGCUGGAAGUAUGAGCCCCUGUUCAAUUACUUCUACGAUAAGUUCAAAGACUACGGAUUCAGGGUUUUCAAUGCUACCUACGUCACUGAUGACAGUGGUGUCGGUAUUGUCCAUCAGUCACCUGCCUUUGGUGAAGAGGAUUAUAAUGUGGCAUUGGAGGCUGGCGUCAUCAAUGAGCGACGCCCUCCCCCAAAUCCUGUGGAUGAACGUGGCCACUUCACGUCAGAGGUACCUGAUUUCGAAGGUCAACAUGUCAAGGCAGCCGAUAAAGCUAUCAUCAAGUACUUGAAAGGUACGGGAAGGCUUAUCGUGGAGUCUCAAAUCAGGCAUAGUUAUCCCAUGUGUCCCCGGUCUGACACUCCAUUGAUCUACCGAGCGGUUCCGUCGUGGUUUAUUAGAAUUCCAGAGAUCGUUCCUCAGAUGCUUGAGAACAUCGAAGGAUCUCAUUGGGUGCCUUCUUUCGUGAAGGAAAAGCGUUUUGCUAGCUGGAUUGCAAAUGCGCGUGAUUGGAAUGUUUCAAGGAAUCGAUACUGGGGCACGCCGAUUCCUCUGUGGGUUAGCGAUGACUUAGAAGAGAAAAUCUGUGUUGGAAGUGUGGCCGAACUCAAGGAACUCAGCGGCUACGAAGGUGAAUUGACGGAUCUACAUCGUGAUAAGAUCGACCACAUCACCAUACCAAGCAAGAAAGGCAAAGGUCAAUUAAGGCGAGUAGAGGAAGUUUUCGACUGCUGGUUUGAAUCUGGUAGUAUGCCGUACGCCAGUCAACACUAUCCUUUCGAAAACAAGGAUAAAUUCGAGAAAUCAUUCCCUGGAGAUUUCAUUGCAGAAGGUCUAGAUCAAACAAGAGGAUGGUUCUACACACUUCUUGUUCUUGGUACCCACUUGUUCGGAGUAUCUCCCUUCAAGAAUUGCGUUGUCAACGGGAUUGUACUGGCUGAAGACGGGAAGAAGAUGUCAAAGCGACUCAAGAAUUACCCUGACCCAUCUAUUGUCAUGAGCAAGUAUGGCUCUGAUGCUUUGCGACUUUACUUGAUCAAUUCACCGGUAGUCCGUGCAGAGCCAUUGCGCUUUAAGGAAUCCGGAGUCAAGGAGGUAGUUGCAAAGGUACUUUUGCCUUUGUGGAACAGCUACAAAUUCUUUGAGGGCCAAGUAGCUCUUCUGAAAAAGGUAGCGAACGUUGAUUAUUGUUUUGAUCCUGCUGCGGAAGCCACCAAUACGAAUGUCAUGGAUAGGUGGAUCCUUGCAAGCUGUCAGAGCUUGCUCAAGUUUGUCAAUGAAGAAAUGGCUGGCUACCGUCUUUAUACCGUGGUCCCUCGACUCCUUGAUCUUAUCGACAACACUACGAACUGGUACAUUCGCUUCAACCGGAAACGUCUAAAGGGCGAACUUGGUCUCGAUGACACAAUUCACGCUCUUAACACUCUCUUUGAAGUCCUUUUCACCCUGACGAAGGGACUUGCGCCUUUCACGCCAUUCAUUACUGAGACCAUCUACCAGCGCUUGCUCCCACAUAUUCCGGAGAGCCAACGGGGAGUAGACUCAAGGAGUGUCCAUUUCCUGCCAUUCCCAGAUGUACGAGAGGAGCUCUUCGAUGCGGAGAUUGAACGGCGCGUUGGUCGCAUGCAGCGAGUUAUUGAAUUGGCCCGAGUUUCGAGAGAACGUCGCACCGUUGGUCUGAAAACCCCUCUUAAAACACUGGUCGUCAUUCAUCCAGAUCCGGUAUAUCUCGAAGAUAUCCGAUCUCUGGAAGGUUACAUUACCGAAGAACUCAACAUCAGAGAUCUCGUCCUAUCCUCAGAUGAGGCAAAAUAUAACGUGCAAUACAGCGUUUCUGCGGACUGGCCGGUACUUGGGAAGAAACUCAAAAAGGACGUGCAAAAAGUGAAGAAGGCACUACCAAGCUUGUCGAGCGAACAAGUCCAUGAAUUCGUCCUCCAAAAGUCGAUGUACGUCGAUGGUAUCAGACUCGAGGAAGGGGAUUUGAUUGUCAAGAGGGGUUUGAAGGAAGACGAAUCUUCUAAGAACUUGGAGACUAAUACGGAUAACGACGUUUUGACUAUCCUGGACGCAGAGCUCUACUCGGAUCUUGCAGAUGAGGGUUUGGCGCGAGAAAUCAUCAACCGGGUCCAGCGAUUGCGAAAGAAGGCCGGACUGCAGCCCACAGAUGAUGUUAAGAUGGAGUAUAAAGUUCUGUCUGAUCCAGACAAUAUCGGGCUCGCAAAUGUAUUCACUGGUCAGGCAAAGACAAUCGAGAAGGCAUUGCGACGACCAAUUGACCAUCACGUGGUCACGGGCGUUGAGGGAACAAUCCCCGAGAAAGUAGAGGAAGGCGUUAUCCUAGAAGAGGAGCAAGAGAUUCAGAAAGCGGUGUUCUUGCUGAGGCUGUUGAAGCUAUGA